AUGAGCAUCUCUCCCAUCGAGAAAAGUCUCAGGAAGCUCGUGCGGGACUACCAGGCGCUCAAUCCUGCGUCUGUCGCCGAGCUCAGUGCCGUUCCCUCCGCGCUCGACUUCGCCCGCUUCACGUCCGCCAAUCGUCCGCUGGUCGUGCGGCGAGCCGGGCAGACGGAGCGAAUACGUGCUUUGGAGCGAUGGACGGACGACUAUCUGGUGGAGCAGCUCGCUGGACGAGCAUUGUCCAUCUCUGUCACUCCGAGGGGGAAUGCCGACGCGAUUGUCGACGACGUGUUCGUCGAGCCCGCGACCGUCGACAUGUCGCUGGGCAGUCUGUUCUCCAAGUUGAGCGAGGACAAAGAAACGCAGAUGGGCCCGGUCUAUUACCUGCAGUCGCAGAAUGGCAACCUGGCGGAGGAGUACGCAGUUUUACAGAAGGAUGUUGGGACGGACGGUCCAGCUUUCGCACGCGAAGUCUUUGGCGAUCCACCCGAAGUUGCGAACAUCUGGAUCGGCGGCAGUCGAAGCAAGACCUCGCUGCACAAAGAUCCUUACGAGAACAUCUACAUGGUCGUGCGCGGAAGCAAGACCUUCACGCUGCUCCCGCCGACCGAAGCGUACUGUCUCCACGAGCAAGUCUUCCCCCACGCAACCUACUCCUUCUCACGAGAGACAUCCUCCUUCACCCUGAACCGCACUUGUCCCUCAACCUCUCUCCCCUGGAUCCCCGUCGACCCGCUCGCGCCCGACCUUGUUCGCUUCCCUCGCUACGCCUACGCACGACCAAUGAAGGUCACUCUCCAUCCAGGGGACAUGCUCUACCUCCCUGCGCUCUGGUACCACUUCGUCGAGCAAGACGUUGGCUGGGGACCGGGCGGACAGGGAAAGGGAGUGCAGGCUGCGAUCGCGGUCAAUUGGUGGUACGAGAUGCGACAUGACGGACACUUGUGGUCGACUUGUAGCCUGAUCAGGCGGUUGGUCUUGGCGCUAGAUGGGCGGGAAGAGGAGGACUUGCUGAACAGCGACGACGAGGAAUAA